AUGCACUGCCUCGCCUGCGCCGCGCCCGCUGCAGCGGCCGCCGCUCGUGCUCCUGGAAGGCGCUUCGGCCGCCGGAGAGUGGUUGUCGACUGCAUCGCCUCCGCAGACCGCAACGUGGAAGGAACGCCUCCGAGGUUAAGGGAAACAUGUGAACUUUCUGAAAUCUCAAGCAAAACACUGCUGUUUGCGUCAAAGAGGAAGAUUCUUGCAUUUUCGGCCUUUUGCCUUUGCUUACAUUCUUCAAGGUACUUAUCAGCACUUGCUUUGGGUGAUCCAACCGUCAAAAUUGAGGAUGUUACUCCAAAGAUAUUUCCAUCUGGUCCAUUGUUUCCAACCGAGAAACGGAUCGCAGAGCUUUUUGAAACAAAUACUUACUCAGUGGUCAACAUUUUUGAUGCGACACUGCGCCCCCAGCUCAAUGUAACAGGGGUUGUUGAGAUCCCAGAAGGAAAUGGUUCUGGAGUUGUUUGGGAUGAGUCUGGUCAUAUUGUUACAAAUUAUCAUGUGGUUGGCAAUGCUCUUUCGAAAAAUCCAAAGCUUGGUGAAGUUGUCGCACGUGUCAACAUUCUUGCUGCCGAAGGGAUACAGAAAAAUUUCGAAGGAAUAUUGAUUGGUGCAGACCGCGCUAAAGAUCUUGCUGUCCUUAAGGUGGACGCCCCUUCAGAUAUCUUGAAGCCAAUUAUUGUGGGGCAGUCCUCAGCUCUAAAAGUUGGUCAGCAAUGCUUAGCAAUUGGAAAUCCUUUUGGUUUUGACCAUACUCUGACUGUUGGUGUUAUCAGUGGUUUAAAUCGAGAUAUAUUUAGUCAAGCUGGAGUGACAAUUGGAGGUGGGAUUCAAACAGAUGCAGCUAUUAACCCUGGGAACAGGUUUGUGGAGAUGGUAUAA